AUGGCACGGCUACCUGCAAAGUUACCGGCUUUCUUCAAGGCGAGGGCCGUGGCCGUGGCCGUGGCUUGUGUUCGUGUCCCUUCACCUUCGAAAAAGGCAGAAAAUUUCCUCAAAUUUGAGGAGGAUGACUCUGCAGGGUUUACCAGCAAAAGCAGCAGCCGUGAGAUCGACGACUUCAAUGAUGACGGACUGACAAAGCAGAAGACCCCCAGCAGCAACCGGGUCAUGGUGGUUGUUGAUUCUAGUCUCCAAGCUAAAAGCGCCCUCCAAUGGGCACUCUCCCACACUGUUCAACCCCAGGAUACCAUCGUUCUUCUACACGUAUCAAAACCUUCCAGCAAGCAAGGUACGAAUUCAAAUCCUGGCAAUGAUAAGGUGCGUGAAAUGCUACAUUCCAUGAAAAAUGAAUGUCAAAUGAGGAGACCAGGGGUGGAGGUUGAAAUAGCAGUGUGCCUUGGAAAGGAAAAGGCAUCAAUCAUUGUCCAAGAAGCUAAAGAAAGAAAGGUCUCCCUGCUGGUUCUUGGGCAAAAGAGGAGAUCAAUCAUGUGGCGCCUACAGAAGCUGAUGAUAUGGAGAGGGAAAAGGACUAAUAGGAACAGUAAUAAUAUGGUGGUGGAAUACUGCAUACAGAAUGCGAAUUGCAUGACAAUUGCCGUAAGGAGGAAAAGCAGAAGACGCGGAGGAUACCUGAUCACGACCAAGCGCCACAAGAAGUUCUGGCUCUUAGCAUAG